AUGACUGCAAGAAAGGCAUCAUCAAGCAAGAAGGACUCGUAUGAUCAUCCAAAAUACAAGGAUAUGGUCUGCGAGGCGAUCAUUAAACUCAACAAGGGUAGAACCGGAGCCAGUUUACCUGCGAUCAAGAAGUACAUGGAAGAAAAUUAUGAAUUACCAGAGUCCUAUGGUCCACACCUUAAGAAGGCCAUCCAGUCACUUCUCGAGAAGGAGAAACUGCUGAAGGUCAAAGCUUCCUAUAAACUUGAUCCAAAUUUCAGAAAGAGCUACAUGAAGGAGAACCAUAUUGUUGUGGAGAAGAAGGAAAAGGAAGAAAGCGAAGAGGAAUCCGAAGAGAAGAAGGCUCCAAAGGAAAAGAAGAAGAAGGAGAAGAAGGAAGCCACCAAAGAAAAGAAGGCUCCAAAGGAGAAGAAGGAAAAGAAGGAAAAGAAAGAAAAGAAAAAGAAGGAGGAGAAGGCUCCUCGAGUUGCCAAACCAACCACAACCAAGAAGAAGAACCUCAAGGAAUCUUCCAAAGUUGAAGGUCCAAGAACGGCCGACAGAUCGAAGAAGCAAGCAGCUAGUGCCAGAACUGCCAGAGCCAAAGCUCGUGAUAAGGCAAGAGAAGACUAA